GCAAAUUAUCCCUCUAAACCAUUAGUGGUCCGCAGAACAAAAUAUCUGUGCUUGUGUGUCGUCCUCUCCACCGUUCGCCAUCGUUUUGAUUCUGCUUUCUUCCUUUGCAGCUCCAGUUUCAUGGUUUUAGAAACCAAAAUCUUCGGAUAAUUGAUAUCAGUGAUGGGCGACGAUGGAGCUCGUUUGAUUGGGAUUCGGAGGACGAGGCGGCUCUAGCCAAGUGCCGGUCGCCGGUACAAAUUACUCGGAAUUUGAAUUCACUGAGAUUUAUGGGGUGGGUUUGAGAGGUACUGUGGCAUCGUCAAAUAAGCCAAAAUAUUGUUUGUGCGCCCAAGUGAUGGGGAAAAAGAUGAGCAGCUGAUGGUGAGGAGUAAAAAGUACAAGAAUGGCUCUUUGAGCCGUGCUGGAACGGAAUCUCGGAGUUCAAGUUGGAGGCAUGGGAAGAGCGGCUGCAAUGUUGCGGAUUGUGGAGAAAAGAAUCGGCUUGUUCGGUUUCAGUCUUUUCUCUCCAAGGAGUACAUUAUUAGUAGAAUUUUCCGCAAGGAUGGUCCAGCCCUGGGAUUGGAGUUUGAUCCUCCCCCUGCAAAUGCUAGGCGUGGUCUUACUGAUUUUGAAAGCUGUCAUUGUUGCCAAGAUGACGAGAGAGUCCACAAAAGGAGAAAGGUCUUGAAGUCUUCUGCUGCUGCUAUUAGGGGGAUCCAAUCAGGGAAAGUUCCCGAAAAGAAAUAUGGCAUCGGAAAAGCUCUGAUGACUGUAUGGCGGGCAACUAAUUCCUGCAAUGGGGAGUUUCCAGCUGGGCCCAACUUCUUUGAUGGAAAAGCCCACUCUUUGCCUUUCACGUCAUCUAAGAAAACAAUAAAAAAGCAACAAGGCAAGUCAAAGAAAAAUCUGCUCAAGAAACCACAUAGAAGAACAAAGGUGCUUAAAAACAUGGAUGCAAAUCUUGAGAAACUUCAUCAUUUAGAAUGCAAGCUUAUGAUUGAUGAAACACAUAUUAUGCAUCAAUCAAAGUCAUCUAUACCUUUGGUAGAUGAUGAAGAGCUUGAACUUAUGAAGUUAGAGGAAGCUUCAACUCCAUUUAGAUGUUCCGAGCAUCUUGGUUCAAGGGGAGGGCAAAGUUGCCCACUUUGCAAAGACGUUUUAACCAGGUUUCCCCCUGCACUAGUAAAAAUGAAUCAGCCAAUCACCGCGAAACCCUGGGAUUUUUCUCCUGAACUUGUGAAAAAGUUCUUCAAGGUCUUUCAGUUCUUGUAUAAUCAUGCUACUUCCAUUGAAAUAUGCCCUUUUACAGUUGAUGACUUAGUUCAGGCAUUCAAAGAUAAGGAUUCAUUGUUAUUGGGAAAAAUUCACGUGGAGCUUCUCAAACUCCUCCUAUCAUGUGUGAGAAGGGAGAUAUCCGCUGGAUUUAUUUCUCGUAGUGCAAAGGACUAUAGAUUUUUGAGUUUUCUACAUUUUAUAAGAGAACGGGAGUUUGAUUUUAACAUUUGGAAUCAGUCUCUGAAUUCUCUUUCAUGGACUGAAAUUCUACGACAAGUGCUGACUGCAGCAGGGUUUGGUGCAAGAAACAAUUCUGGAAAUAGAGACAUUUUUAGCAAGGAAAGAGAUCUGUUAGAAAAUUGUGGUCUGCGUCCUCAUACCCUAAAAGGUGAAUUGUUUCAAAUCUUAUCGAAGCAAGAAAGCCUUGGUUUGAAAGUCUCCGAGCUAGUAAAAAUGCCUCAGAUUGUUACAUUGGACUUAGCGAGCACGACAGAAAAGCAGGAAGAACUAAUAAAAUUCACACUUUCAAGUGACAUUACAUUGUUUGAAAAAAUAGGACCUGCUGCAUAUCGUCUUCGUUGUAAUCACCAAAUUAAAGAUAAAGAUGGUACACAGUCUGAGGAUGAUGAUUCAGGAAGUGUGGAGGAUGAAUAUAGUGAUGCUUAUAGAAGUAGCAGAACUGAUGAUUUCGAGGAGCAGAGCUUGGGGACAUGUGGACAAAGGAUUGUGAAAUUUAAGAACGUGCACGACAAUGCACAACAAAAGUUGAUUGAAUGUUCUGUGAUUGAUGAAAGCUACGCUGGGGAAGCAUGGGUUCAAGGUUUGGUGGAAGGUGACUAUUCAAAUUUAAGUACCGGGGAGAAGCUAGAUGCUUUGGUUGCUCUUGUAGAUCUUAUUGGUGCUUGUUCCAAUAAUCUAGAAGGGGCCAUAUCUGCAAUUACUCCCUGUGUUCAAUAUAUUGGAUCAGGAGCAAAAAUAAAAAGGCAAUCUUCUAAAAUUAAUUCUACUUCUAGCAACGUUCGGGAGGUACCUGCAGAUAGUGUGCUGAGAGAUUUCUCUCAGAUUGGUUCUUCUAUUUUGUCUUCUGCGGUGUCUAAGAAGAGACAGUGUUCUGGCAAAACUGAAGGCACGCCACUUAAUGUGCAUCCAUUGAAAUCUAUUCAUUUGGGAUCUGAUCGCAGGUACAAUAAUUACUGGCUUUUUCUUGGCCCCUGUGAUGCAGCUGAUCCAGGUCAUCGACGCAUUUAUUUUGAGUCUUCAGAAGAUGGUCAUUGGCAAGUGAUUGAAACAAAACAGGCUUUGCGUGAUCUAUUAUUAGCUUUGGACUUUAGGGGCACGAGGGAAGCACAACUAUUCGCAUCGUUGGAGAAGCGGGAGGCAUUUCUUUGUAAAGCCAUGGAUGAUUUCCUCUCCGUUGAAUAUAGAAGCAGACAAAAAAAAGGAUCUGAUCUAUCUGAACUCGAUUCAAAUAGCGAUGGUUUUUCACCUAAUUCAGAUAUCGAUAACAUCUUGGCAUCAGCACAUUCGACAGAUAGUUACUCACCAACUUUUUCUUUAGCUCUUGAAUGCGCAAGCAGCUCUAACGAAAAGAAACAAAAAUUGGACCGUUUGAAAGCAUAUGAUCAAUGGAUUUGGUGUUCCUUUUAUUCCAGUCUUAAUGCUGUGAAAAACUACAGAAUACCAUAUAUGGAAUGUUUAACUCAUUGUGAGAGUUGCCAUGAUUUAUACUGGAGGGAUGAGAAACACUGUAAAGCUUGUCAUUCUACAUUUGAAAUAAGCAUUGAUCUGGAAGAGAGAUAUGCUAUUCAUGUAGACUGUAGGGAGACGGAUGACGAGAGGGAUUUUCCAAACUAUAGGGUUCUGCCUUCUCCGUUGCAAGCGCUAAAAGCGGCAAUUCAUUCGAUUGAGGGAUGCAUGCCUCCAGUGGCAUUUUCUGGGGGAUGGAAAUGCUCAGCUCAUAAGCUUUGGGAGAAGAGACUUCGGCGCACUUCUUCUUUGCCUGAACUUCUACAGGUUGUUUCUGAUUUUGUCACUGCAAUAAAUGAGGAAUGGUUGUAUCAGAAUACAUUAUCUAUAUGUUCAAGUGCAUCUUUUGAUGAGAUUAUUAUAUAUUUUCACACUAUGCCGAAAACAACCUCGGCAGUUGCGCUUUGGGUGGUUAAAUUGGAUAGGUUGAUUGCUCCGCAUUUGGAAAAACUUCAAUCUGAAAGAACUAAAUCAACCAGAGUUCAAUUAAAAG